CCGCCCUACGUCGCGUGGACCAGAUUUUCACUGGGCCAGUAUUUUGAUCUCCCGCCUUUGUAACGUGUCGCUUUUUCCGUCCUUCCUCCUUCCGGUCUUUCCUCAUCCACCACCCAAAAUUCUGUCUGCUACUGUCCCCAUGGCCUCCCACCACCCUCCUAUUCCUCUUCUUCCGGCUGAGCUGAUCCUCGUUGAUUCAGAUGUCGAGGCAGAAGUCGACCAGCUCGAUUCUGAUACAGAGGGUCUUGACGAGCCUGAUGUCAACGGCGCUUCAGCCUCCGCGAACGACACCAUGAGCGGUGCUCGGAGCAGCAGACCAGUUGGACAGACUCUUUUGCCCGGUACGAAGUUGGAAAAUAUCAUAUCGGCGGACGGAGUGACGGGGAGUCUGUCAUUAUCGAAGGAGGCCCUCUUCGUACUGUCCAUCGCUACUGAAGAGUUCAUAAAACGACUCGCCCAGGGUGGACUACGGCAAGCUAACUCUGAACGACGGUCUGCCGUGCAGUACCAGGAUAUGGCUGCUACGACUCUUCAAUACCAAGAGUUCAGAUUUCUGCAAGAUACGAUCCCUACAGCCAUAUCCCUGGCUGAUGCUAUAUUUCUCCGCGAAGAGAUGGAGAAGCAACUUUUUGACGAAGAACCUCCUCCUCUCAAACCUUCUACAUCUACCGUGAACUACACAUAUCCUGUCAUCCCACCACUUCCCUCUACAACCUCCCAACCUCUGAAUGUGUCUUCCAAACCCAAGGGCAAGAGUCGCAUGGCGAACGGAAGGGAAAAAAGCAAUGGCAGCUCCAGCUGGGCUAACGGAAGUUCCAGUCAUAACGAGUCUACCUUCAACGAGAUUCCUAACUUCCUCCUGGAUGCCAGGCCAUGGUGGCACUACUGGCCUAAAAAGCCUGCUGAAGUGCAGAACGGACUUGGGGAGACACGACCAAGCAUACCUCAUGAUCCAACAGGUGCAGGGACCUCACCCCUGCCCACUUGCCCGCGAGUGGACGGAGCCAAUGCUUCACGGCCAGGUACUCCGAGCGUCACUGAAAGUCGGAGACGAUCUGCCUCUCCCCGUCCUAGCCAGUCACAAACCCCGCUAAGCGAAGAAAUAUCACCAGAACCUAGACAAAAUAUCAGCGAGAUACGAGGAACCACUGCUGAUUCCUAGUUGGGUCUUCUGGCCGUCUCACGAGACCCUAGAGAUUUGUCUGUAGGUUGCUGAGGCGCUGUAGUUGUAUUUUUUGUUAGACUGGUUACUGUACACGAGAGUCGGUAAUUGCACAGACAGCAGGUAACUGUGUACUAGGGUGGUGUUCGUAAUAUCGUUAUUAGAAGAACGGGAUAGCACCCUAUUUAUCAUUUCUACAAUAUAUCUCAGUUUUGCGC